AUGGAGCCCUCCUCGUCAUCGUCGUCGGCGCUGGCGCGGCAGACGUGGGAGCUGGAGAACAACAUCCCGGCGGACCCGGACGCGCAGGACGAGAUCUACCGCUACGACGAGAAGGCCAACGCGCGGGCCCACCAGGACAAGCCCUGGGCCACCGACCCGCACCACUUCCGCCGCGCCAGGAUCUCGGCCCUCGCGCUCCUCAAGAUGGUCGUCCACGCCCGCUCCGGCGGCACCAUCGAGAUCAUGGGACUCAUGCAGGGCAAGUUCGACGGCGACUCCAUCAUCGUCAUGGACGCCUUCGCGCUCCCCGUCGAGGGCACCGAGACCAGGGUCAACGCGCAGGCCGACGCAUACGAGUACAUGGUCGAGUACUCCACCAUCAACAAGCAGGCUGGAAGGUUGGAGAAUGUGGUUGGUUGGUAUCACUCGCACCCUGGUUAUGGAUGCUGGCUGUCAGGCAUUGAUGUUUCAACUCAGAUGCUUAAUCAGCAGUAUACAGAGCCAUUCUUGGCUGUUGUGAUAGACCCUACAAGGACUGUUUCUGCUGGCAAAGUGGAGAUUGGAGCUUUUAGGACAUACCCAAAAGAUUACAAGCCACCGGAUGAGGCAGUGUCCGAGUAUCAGACGAUACCACUCAACAAGAUAGAAGAUUUUGGUGUCCACUGCAAACAGUACUACUCCUUGGAUAUAACUUAUUUCAAGUCAUCCCUGGACUCUCACCUCCUUGAUCUACUCUGGAACAAGUACUGGGUCAACACACUGUCCUCAUCUCCACUUCUGGGCAACAGGGAUUAUGUUGCUGGACAAAUCUUUGAUUUAGCUGAUAAACUAGAGCAAGCUGAAGGUCAACUGGCACACAGUCGCUUUGGCGUACUUAUGCCAUCACAACGAAAGAAAGAGCAAGAGGAGUCUCCGCUGGCUAAGGUGACCCGGGAUAGCUCCAAAAUUACUGCUGAACAGGUUCAUGGUCUCAUGUCACAGGUGAUCAAGGAUAUCCUCUUCAACUCUGUGCACCCGUCAAGCAAAAACAAGGCAAGCACAAGUGCAGACACAAGUGCUCCAGAGUCACCUGUGCCUGAGCCUAUGGUUGAAGCAUGAGAGUUCCACUGAAAUACUUUACAUGUUAGCCUCUUCUGAUGCUGGGUUCACCUACAGCGAGUCGUUUUAUUAGUUCAAAUCGUGCCCAGCAAAGUUAUCUGAUUCAAACUGCUUACUCUGGGUUCCUUUUGUCGAAACUGAACUGAUGUGUAAUUAUGAGCUGCCUUUUGCAUCUUGUGCCGCCACUAAGAGGUUCUGUGA